GCGCUGCGCGGGCAGGGGGCGGAGUAAGCGCUGCGAGGCCAGUCUGGCGUUUGUGUAGCCGCCUAAGAGGCGGGGCCUUGGGCGGAGGUCCCCGGGACACCCCGUGCACCGGCGCCGAGCCUCUUCCUUUCCGAGCCGCCAUCUGCGGUGGAGCCGCCGCCAAGAUGCAGAUUUUCGUGAAGACCCUCACUGGGAAGACCAUCACGCUCGAGGUCGAGCCCUCAGAUACUAUAGAGAAUGUGAAAGCCAAGAUCCAGGAUAAAGAAGGCAUUCCUCCUGACCAGCAACGUCUGAUUUUUGCUGGCAAGCAGCUGGAAGAUGGGCGUACUCUGUCGGACUACAACAUCCAAAAGGAGUCCACACUUCAUCUUGUUUUGAGACUUCGUGGUGGUGCUAAGAAAAGGAAGAAGAAGUCUUACACCACUCCGAAGAAAAAUAAGCAUAAGAGGAAGAAGGUUAAACUGGCAGUCCUGAAAUACUACAAGGUGGAUGAGAAUGGCAAAAUCAGCCGCCUUCGUCGGGAAUGCCCUUCAGAUGAGUGCGGUGCUGGAGUUUUUAUGGCCAGCCACUUUGACAGACAUUAUUGUGGCAAAUGUUGUCUGACUUACUGUUUCAACAAACCUGAAGACAAGUAAUUGUAUGAGUUAAUAAAAGGCCAUGUGCUGA